AAUAAUUUCUAAGAUGAAAAGAUUUCAAUGGCAUUAGCUUGGCACUAGUAUGUACUGACAACAGUACCCCUCUCAAUUAUGUCACACAGUACCUAUAAUAUCCAGUGGAAUGAAGCUCAGAAUCAUAUCAAGGAGCUGCUUGAAUAUGAAGCAGGCACUGAUACCCAAAAGCCCGAAACGGAUCGGGUAUCAGCAUUUCAAACAGCAGCAGUCAUAUACAUCAAGUAUAUUCAAGUGUUCAGAAAGUUAGAGGAAUGUUACUAUCAGAUUGUCCAUCCUCAGAAGAGAAUAGUUCUCAAGCAUGUGCUUGAUGGUACUAUGGGCAGAUUACUCGAGUUGAAAAACGAAAUGGUAAACCUUGAGUUUUCAGAGUAUCACUUCUUUGACGAUGUCCUCUCAGAUAUGAAGCUCACCCCAGCUGACAUAGAAAUUCCUGUUCCCAGAUACUUCACACAGGAUAAUGAAAAAGACAUAAAAGAUAGAAUGAAGCUCAUGGCAGAAACUUUAGCUAAAUACAGACUUGAUGAGACUAGCGACAAGAAAGAAGAAAUAAAAAUGAGUCUGGAAGAAGCUAUCAAAAUCAUUCAAGUACACGAGCGUGCACGACAAGGAUGUCUCCGAGCUAAAUUCAUGAGAGAGAUUAGAGCUCAAGAGGAGAGAGAAAAGAUGCUAUCAUUACAAGGAGCCUCAACAAUGGACCCAGAUGUAGCUUCAACCAUCAUACAGAAGGUUUGGAAAGGAUACUCCCAGAGGAACAAGACACUGAAACUCAGAGAGGAAGAGCUUAUCUUCAUUGGCAUGCAGCCAAACACUGACACUCAAGUUCACCACAAAGAUUCUCCAGUUAGCAAAGUCAACAAAAGAGAGGAAGAACGUGUGUUGAUUCAAGCUCAACACGAAAGAGAGUAUCAAGAUGCUCUGGUAAACAUCAAAGAGAAAAUCAGGGAGGCAGAGGGUCCAGAUAUAAAGGAGAACAUGCAGGAUCAAAUCAGACAAUGGUUCAUCGAGACCAGAGAUGCUACCGGAAAGUUCCCUGACUAUCCUUCUGAUGAUGAGGGUGGUUCAGGUGCUAUCUUCAAAACAAAAAACGGUGAUGGUGGUGAAGAAGGAGGUGAGGAAGGGGGAAAGAAGAAAGGCAAGAAAGGAAAAAAGAAGAAGGGCGAGAAGAAGGAAAAGAAAAAGAAAGGAAAAAAGAAGGGUGGUAAGGAUAAGGGGGCUGGUGGUGGCGAAGACGACGACGGGUUUAAGAUGGUGCCGUCUAUGUUUAUACCAGGUAUUGAAGAGGCUUCAAUGACUUACGAGGAGAUAUGGAAGCAAAGGGAUGAGACUGAAAACUUCCAACAGAAGUAUGAUGCUGAACUGAUCAAAGAGCUCAAACGGGGCGAAGUAGAGUCGGAGAUAAGAGUUCAGGUCGAUGAUUUGAUGCGACAAGAACUGAAAAACCUGAAAGCUGCAUUGCAAAAGGAUAUGGGUAAAAAAGGUGGCAAAGGCUCUGCAAAAAAGAAGGGUGGUAAGAAGAAGGACAAAAAAGGAGGUAAAAAGGGCAAAAAAGACAAAGAUUUGACGCCGGACAGGACUAUUGAAAGUCUGUAUGAAGAAUUGGUAAAGGAAGGUAUCCUGGUACAGUAUCCUAAAGUCAAGAUAGCCGAUUACUUGGGAGAAUACAGUUACCUCGGUACUACACUUCGCCAGGCUAACAUUGAGCCCAUGCCUUCUCUAUCAGACGUGCGCAGAGUCGUUACAGAGUACGGUAUACUUCCCAUGGGAUCGCAGACUGUGCACGAGACAGCGCCCCAUGUCAAGUCACUAAUGAUAGCUGGUCCACAUGGUACCGGCAAACGCAUGCUGGUCAACGCUAUUUGUUCUGAGCUGGGAGCUAAUCUCAUCGAUCUUACUGCUGAAAAUAUUUGCGGUAGAUACCCUGGAAAAGCUGGACUGACAAUGCUGUUACAUCUCGUAAUGAAAGUUGGAAAACUGCUGCAGCCUACUGUUAUUUACAUUGGCAACGCUGAGAAGACGUUCGUUAAAAAGGUCGCUAAGAAUGACAUGAGUGACCCGAAAAGAUUGAAAAAGGAACUGCCAAAGAUUAUUAAGAAAAUGACUGCGGAGGAUAGGAUUCUCUUCGUUGGAACAUCUUUAACGCCUUGGGAUUCCGACGUGAAGAGUCUGUGUCAAUGUUACCAGAAGGUUGUGCUUAUUCCACGCCCUGACUACGCUUCCAGAUUUUUGCUGUUCAAGGAGCUGAUUUUACGUAACGGAGGAAGGUUGGCCCCGACACUUGACCUCAGUUCUCUAGCCAAGAUAUCAGACGGCUACACCCCUGGCCACAUCAUCACUGCAGUGAAACACGUGCUUACUGAACGCCGUGUUCAGCAGUUGCACAGGAAACCUCUUACUGCCAUGGAGUUUGUGACACCUCUCGCAAGAAUAGAUCCCAUAUAUAAAGAAGAGGAAGAACAGUUUAAGGCGUUUUAUGACAAGACCACCAUGGGUAAAAAGCGACAGUUGCUUUUAAAGGGAGAUGAAGAAUAGCGCUGAUAAAUGGUAUACGAAGACACCGCUUGGCAAAAAGAGGGCAAAGUUAAAGGCAGAGGAGGAUGAGGGUGAAGGUGGUGGUGGUGGUAAGGGUAAGAGCGCCAAGGGAGGCAAGAAAAAGGGCAAAGGAAAAAAGAAGGGCAAAGGAAAGAAGAAAAAAUAGUCUGAACUGAUUAAUGAUUGCUCAGCUUAUUUUAAAAGUUAGAUUGUAUCGCGAUCUGUAUUAAAAAAGGUUGUAGAAGUUGAAAAAACUGUUUUGUGCACUGGAUGAUGAUUUUUCAGAAACACGCUUUUAUUUUUACUUUGAAAUGGUGCUGUGGACCGUAGACUGUUUCCAGUUUUUCAAUAUGUAAAUAUCCCAUGAGAGUACAAUUGUAAAUAACAUUUGCUUUUCGAUGAAGAAAUUUCAUUGUAUAUUGUAUAUGAUAUUCAAUGAUUUUAGACACUUUGUAACGUUUA